AUGAAAGCCGCAGUGAAUAAAGGUAUUUCGAGUCGUCGUGACAUUUUUGAAUUCCUAAAAUCCCGUGGGAAGUUAAUGGAGUAUUAUUCCGAUGAACCGAUCAGGAAUUCACUAACAAGAAUUUGUUUUGCAACUUAUGAGCAAAUGGAAUUGUAUAAACAGUUCCCUGAAGUUGUUGGUAUCGACUCGACGUAUAAUACGAAUAAGGGGAAGUAUUCUUUGUUCCAGCUACUUGUGACGGAUAAUUUUGGUCGUGGACGACCAGUUUUAUUUGCGUGGACUAGAAAAUAA